AGUGUCUGGGAGGAGUCCGCGGUCUCUUGGCGCUCGGUCCCAGCAACGUUCGGGGCCGCGAGACGGCGGAACGGUGGAAAAACGCUCCGAGACAAAGAGCGCGAUGCGCGUGUUCCGGUUAAACGCGGCGGCGGCGGCGGCGUCUCGUCGGGAGGAGCGCGUGUGAACGGACCGGGAGCGCGUGGAGGGGGGGGGACGAUCGGCCGAUGAGCCAGACGACGUCGGACACAAGUUGGUUUUGAGAAAUGUGGCAGAGAGAAGCGUCCGGAGGAAGUGAUCCAGUCUGAGACAAGUCCUUCUGACGGGCACUGAUGGGGAAUUCAGAAAGCCAGUACAGCAUCCAGGGCCCCAAAGGCACCAGCUUUGUUUUCCCAGGGAAACAGAAACCUUAUUCCCUGAAACUUCAGUCGACCAAAGACGAUGCUUUGUCACCUCACAUGUGGUGGAAAAGUGCUCCGGUGGGCUCAGGGUACAAGGCCCGAUGCGUUGGCCGCGGCUGCUUGUCCCCACCUAAAAGCAGGCAGCCCUACUCCACUCCGCACUAUGACUAUGCAACUAGAGGACCGCGGGGCAGCCCAAGCGAGCAUCGCUGGCAUCGGUCCUCCGGGUGUGGUAUGCGAAGACGGCAUAUGUCAGAGGAGUACAGAGAUAAUCCCUAUGGGGCUGAGCUCAAUGGCCACACCCUGAAUGGACAUGGCGACGAACAUGAGGAAUUAGAUGAACAGAGCAGCCCGCGGGUAGUGAUCAAGAAGGAUGGCACUCUUAGAGUGGAGUUCACCAACACCUCAGGAAAUCCCCUCCUCCUAGGUGAAACUACUGGACCCGUUCAACUUCUCAAAUUCUCUCCAAACCCAGAGUCUCCCUCCACUCCCAGUUUGCCCAGUUCCACUGGUAGCAGGCAGGACGGCCAUCGCAAUGGGCCACCACCGUCCUCUACCUCCUCCACAACCAGAACCAGCAAGGGCAGCUCUCUGAGUUCUGAUGGGUCCUGGUAUGAUUCUCCCUGGGGGCCCAGCGCAGAGCUGGGUGACCCUGACCAACCCUGCUCUGCCAGUAAGACAUUAGUCCACUCCCCCAUCCACCAGCUUGACACCUUUACUGAGCAGUGUCCCCCUGUGUCUAUCACAGACCUCUAUAGGGACUCCACUAUGGCUGCCACCUUCCCCGUAGCCAGGGAUCUGUCAUCCCAGUUACUGGAGCCCCCCCAGGUCCAGAGGGCACAUCGGGCCUCUUUUGCAUCGGUCUUAGAUGUGCCCUUGGAGGAAGAAUGCCCUGAAGUCCGGCAGUACUCAUCCUACACCCUGCCCUGUCGCAGGCCCAAAGCCCACAACACAAGGGACGACCUGGACCAGUACCCUGACCAGCAAACGGAACAGGAACAGGGUGCCCCAGAUUUCACCUUCCACAAGAAAGACUCCAUUAAAAACAGAAUCAGACGCUUCAGUGACUGGACAGGCAGUCUGAGCCGCAGGAAGAGGAAGUCUCAGCGUGCGUACAGGGAUCCUAAUUAUACGGAAACGAGGUUCAAGGACCUGAGUGAUCCCUUCGACAGUGGAGUUGACGGCCUGACGGCCGACACCAGCUCGCCCUCCCAGGUGUCCAGCCUCCUCUGGUUCCCAGGCGCCUCCAGGGCCCAGUCGUCGGGCGCCAUCCACCAAACCACCAGCGAUGUCCUCCGCCAGAACAUUUACGAGAACUUCAUGCACGAGCUGGAGACGGGCACCGGCGCGGGGGGAGGCGACAGGAGAGACCCGUCGACCGGCACGGAGGAGGAGGAGGAGGAGGAGGAGAGCAGCAGCGAGUCGGCCGAGGGGGAGAUGGAGCAGCUGGACGUCCUGUUUGAAAAGGAGCAGGGCGUCGUGCGGCGGGCGGGCUGGCUCUCGUUUAAACCGCUCCUCACCCUGCACAAGGACAGGAAGCUGGAACUGGUGACCCGGCGCAAGUGGAAACAGUACUGGGUGACCCUGAAAGGAUGCACGUUGCUGUUCUACGAGACGUACGGCAAAGGCUCCCCAGAGCAGGAGACGUCGCCCCGCUACGCUCUGCUGGCGGAAGACAGCGUCGUGCAGGCGGUACCCGAGCAUCCCAAGAAGGAGAACGUCUUCUGCCUCAGCAACUCGUACGGCGACGUCUACCUCUUCCAGGCCAGCAACCAGACGGACCUGGAGAACUGGGUGACGGCCAUCCACUCUGCCAGCGCCUCGCUGCUGGCCAAGCGCCAGGGCAAGGAGGACACCGUGCGCCUCCUGCGCACCCAGGUCCGGGGCCUGCUGCAGAAGAUCGACAUGGAUGGAAAGAUGAAGAAGAUGGCCGAGCUGCAGCUGACGGUGGUCAGUGACCCAAAGAACCGCAAGGCCAUCGAAAACCAGAUUCAGCAGUGGGAGCAGAACCUGGAGAGGUUCAAUAUGGACUUGUUCAGAAUGCGCUGCUACUUGGCCAGUCUGCAGGGCGGGGAGCUGCCCAACCCCAAGAGUCUGCUCGCCAUCGCCGGCCGCCGCAGCAAAACCACCCUCGGGCGCCUCGGGAUUUUCUCCGUCUCGUCCUUCCACGCGCUGAUCUGUUCCAGAGACGAGGCCACGCUCAGGAGGCGCUCGCUGUCGCUGACUCACCGACAGAGGAAGAAGGGCCUUUUCUCCUCGCUCAAAGGCCUCGACAACCUCACCAAGAAAGGCAGAGACAAGAGGCCGUCUGCCUCGCAGGUCUUCGAGGGCGACGCUGGGGGUCAGACGUGCGCGCCGCCUCCCAGGAGCGCAGAGAGGCUGGACGUACUGGCGAGCAUCUACUCCAUGUCGCCCCCUGAAGGCGGCGUGCGGGACGGCGCCGGCUGCUCUACGGACGUGCUGCUCGUCCACAUGCCCGACGGCCUGACAGUUCAAGUACCCGUCGGAAGAGAGCAGACGGCUGCCGACCUUCUGUCUGCAGCCUGCAAGGUGAAACAGCUGGACCCGGGCCUGCACAGCCUCCGCGUGCACAGUCGAACGGGACAGGACGUGGAGAUCCGAUACGUGGCGCCCGGCGAGCUCCUCCACGACGUGGUCACUGAGCAGUUGGAGGUGGUCCCAGUUAAUGUGUUUACACUGCACAUGAGCAGGCCAAGCGGCACUGGAGACUUGGGUUUCGCAGUGACCGGACACAAAGACGGCCAGCAGAACAGCCGGAUCUUCGUCAGCGAGGUGCUCCCCGACGGACCGGCUUUCGGCGAAGGUUUGCAUCCGGGCGACGAGAUCCUGCUUCUGAACGGCCGUCGCGUGCACAGCCUGGACCUGUCGAACAUCCAGACGCUGUUCGCGGAGGAGACGGUCCGCAUGAGCCUGAGGCGAGAGUCCGGGGCGUCGAACCUGCUCCCAGCCGCUCCAAACCUGAGCAGCGGACACCAACGGGCCAAGUCCUCCACAGACGUGUGUCCUGCAGCUGAAGAUGGCGUAGCACUGGAGGAUGGUCCCGCCCACCGCGCACACAGGCCCGUCCAUCACAGCAAGAGCGUGGACACGGUGUGCACCCUCUACCAGUCCUUCCAGGACGCGACGGGCUCCAUGGAGGAGGGCCCUCGGGCCGGGCAGGGCGGGGGGCCGCGGCCGGGCCCCUCGGGAGACGCCGCCCUGCUCAGACCCUGCCCCAAGCACCUGAGCGCCACGGAGAGGUUACGCAAGGUCAUCCAGGAGCUGGUGGACACGGAGAAGUCCUACGUGAAGGACCUGACAUGUUUAUUUGAGAUCUACCUGAAGCCCCUACAGCACGAAACCUUCCUCACACUGGACGAAAUGGAGAGCCUGUUCGGCAGCCUGCCGGAGAUGCUGGACUUCCAGAGGGUCUUCCUGCAGACGCUGGAGGAGCGAAUCGCCUGCUCGCCCGACUUUAGCACCAUAGAGACGCCGUCGGAGUUCAAGAAGUUGCUGUUUUCCCUGGGGGGUUCGUUCCUCUACUACGCCGACCACUUCAAGCUCUACAGCGGCUUCUGCGCCAACCACAUCAAGGUCCAGAAGGUCCUGGAGAGAGCUAAGACGGAUCGGGCCUUUAAGGAAUUCCUGGAUGCGAGGAACCCCACCAAGCAGCACUCAUCCACCCUGGAGUCCUACCUGAUCAAACCAGUGCAGAGGGUGCUCAAGUACCCCCUGCUGCUCAGGGAGCUGGUCUCCCUCACCGACGGCGACAGCGAGGAGCACUACCACCUCACUGAGGCCCUGAAAGCCAUGGAGAAGGUGGCCAGCCACAUCAACGAGAUGCAGAAGAUCUACGAGGAUUACGGCUCCGUGUUCGACCAGCUCGUCGCCGAGCAGACCGGCCACGAUAAGGAGGUCACAGAGAUCUCGAUGGGAGAGUUCCUCAUGCACUCCUCCGUGGUCUGGCUCAACCCGCAUCCAUCGCUGGGUCGCAUGAGAAAAGACCCGGAAAUCACAGUGUUCGUGUUCAAGAAGGCAGCGAUACUGGUCUACAGGGAAAAAGACAAGCUGAAGAAGAAGAUGGCCAACCCUCGCUCGGCGCUUUCCCACGGGGACUCGGACCCCUUUAAGUUCCGCUGGCUCAUCCCGCUCUCGGCGCUGCAGGUCAGACUGGGGAAUACUGCAGGAACCGGCACAGAAAGCAGCUGCGUCUGGGAGCUGAUUCACUCCAGGUCUGAAGUGGAAGGGAGACCGGAGACUGUUUUCCAGCUUUGCAGCAGCGCGCCCGAGAGCAAGGUCAGCAUCGUCAAGGUGAUGCGCUCCAUCCUCCGGGAGAACGCGAGGAGGAACGUGAGGUGCGAGGGAACGCUGGAGAGGAGCUGCAAGGAGCGCCUGGCCCCCCUGCGGAGCACCCUGCCCUCCUCCGCCCGACUAGGCUCCUCCAGGGCUACUUGGUUGUGUAAGGUGCCGACCGGAGAUCUCUCCGCCCAGGCUGGGAAUCCCAGGCCGGGCCCGGAUUCGGACGAGGGGAGCCUGAGCAGCGGGACCUACAGUUUAUCGGGGGCCGCCCGGUCCUCUGCUUCGUCUGACAUCCCCCUCGCCCGGCAGAUCUGGCCCGAGACGCCUGGGUCCAACGCACAGACCCGCUCCGCCUCCGUCAAGGAGUCCGACAUCCUGAGCGACGAGGACGACGACGGCUUCAGCGAGGGGGGGGCGAGAAGGAGCAGCGGGGACAGCAGCGGGUCGCCCGCCAGCGCCAUCGACGCUCAGUUCCUCCGGCUCACACUGUCGGAGGAUGCCGCGUCGGGAUGCGCACCGGCGCCCCGCGUGGAGCCGGAGGCGGCCGGGGACACGCCAGAGAUCCGGGCCAAACUCGCGCGAGGGCACUUCGGCGCCGUCAAGAGGAAAAACGGCAGCUUUCACAGGAGCCAGGGCGCUCUGUUGGACAUGAAGCAGCACAGCAGGUCACUGGACGGCCAGGCAGAUGCGGCGUCCUCCUCAGGGGCAGACCUCAACAUGUUGCUGGAGAGGGAGUUCAGCGUUCACAGUCUGACUUCUGUAGUCAACGAAGACUGUUUCUACGAUACGGCCGAAAGCUGCGCCUCCCUUUCUGGAAAUGUUACUACUUCGUCCUAGCGGGAAGGAAGGAAGGAAGGAAGGAAGGAAGGAAGGAAGGAAGGAAGGAUGGAUGGAUGGAUGGAUGGGUGGGACUCUGCUGUACCUGGGCCACAGAUUAGUCAGGUGCUGGUCCAGACAUUUUGUGCACUGCUGCAAGCUCUACUGGUGAGGCUACGAAGCUGUGCCUCCACUUCAUAAGCCAGACACCUUCCUGCUACAGGUCAGGAGUGAACUAUUUAGUGCGAUGGGAGCAUAUUGGCUGACGGACCCAGUUACUCGCCCCAGAGAGGAGAAGUGAGGCAAUUUGUCUCAAUGAUGAUGAGUGCAAUGAAUCUGCCAAGCACUCAUGCAUGCACCCAAUCUCCUCAGCUCCCUGGGCCUCCUCCUCCUCCUCCUCCACACACCAUCUGACGUUUUCCCAUCCAAGUUGGCCCUGCAGCUCCCGCUAAUGGUCCUCAUUGGGUUUUUAACCUUUUCCACAAAGAAACGGGAUCUGCGUCCGUAAUCCGCCAGUCAAGAAGACUGCAGAGGAUGGAUACCCAGGGUUUAAUAAAAUCUGAUCUGAAAUAAGUUUAGUGUUUUGGCACAGGAGAAUUUCACAGGCUUUCAGGGUUGGAAAGAUAGGAUGAGAUGAUGCUUGGAUGAGCAGGAAGUGGCCGUAACUUGAGCCAUUUGCUGUAUUUUGUGCACUAACGUACUGUUCUGCCUACACCUUUUUUUGCAAUACGUGUAUCUGUACAGGUUUUAAUGUUAUUAAGGCUGUUUUAUUUAUUUUUGGGUUUGAUUAUGUAAUUUUUAGCUAGUGAAAUUUAAGCAGUUUGUUGAUCUACUCUUACUUUGAAAAGCAUAUGCGUUACCCUAUCAUCUUUAUUUCCCUGCUGGACUUUGAAUGUCUUUUCGCCAAAGACUUUUUAUUUUCCCAGCUUAAGCGUUAGAAUGUGUUUUUAACAUACGGCUGCUUAACUGAAGAUUAUAAACUGCAGUAUAUAAAUACACAAACCUUUCUAUUGACACAUUUUUAUUCUUCUACUUACUUGACACUGUACAGAUACGAACGAAUUGCAGCGAACGCAGCUGAUAUUUUUGUACAACAUUGUUUUGCCUUAACAGCGUCCAUGUUGACGUACUGCAAAAAAAAAAAAAAGGCAAACCACUGCUACAUUAUUUACCCCACCGCGCCUUUAACGCUAGCUUACCAAUGAAUGUGAAUUGCCCCCGUUCUUAUGGAAUUGUUUUCUAAAUAAAAGUUUCAUCUGUGAA